CAGUCGUGUUAAAAGUUACUAAUGUCAAAAUUAGUUUUAUUUUGUCGUUUGAUUUCAAUAAAGUAUCAUUUUCAAAUUAUAUAAACAAUGAAAGGAGAUGACAUUGAUUACUGGAACUUGAAGGCCUCGGCGACGCCACCAACUCCAAAGCUCGUAGCCAAUUCCCAGGAGGAGAUCAAUUUGAAAAACCUAUUCAUGCUCUAUAUCAACACUUUCAUUGGCGCCAACAUUGCGGAGGGAUGUAUGUAUUCCUUGGAUGUGGGCAAGACGCGGAUGCAAGUGUAUGGCGAGGAGCAGAAGAAGACGGGGGGCAAGCACCGCAAGAUGUUUAGGACACUCUAUGGAAUUGCGACUGAGGAGGGCCCGAAGGCCUUGUACUCUGGAUUCUCGGCAAUGGUUCUACGGAAUUUCAUAUUCAAUUCGAUGCGCGUAAUGCUCUACGAUAUAUUUCGCCGACGAUACAUCUAUGUCGAUACGAAUCAACAGGAGUGCAUACGCAUACAUCACGCCUUCCUCUGUGGCAGUGCAGCCGGAUGUGUGGCCCAAGCAUUGGCCAAUCCCUUCGACAUAGCCAAGGUACGCAUGCAAAUGGAGGGCAGGCGCAAACUGUUGGGCCUGUCGCCGCGCAGCACCAGCUUUCCCAAUGUGCUGAACAGCAUCUACAGGAAGUCCGGUGUGGUCGGCAUGUGGCGCGGCGUCGUUCCCAGCUGCAUGCGUGCCUGCCUCAUGACUGCCGGAGACGUUGGCGCCUACGAUCUGUGCAAACGCAACCUGAAGAAACAUUUGGGAAUGCACGAAGGUAUAGCCCUGCGCUUUGCGUCAUCAAUGGUCGCCGGACUAGUGGCCAGUGUGCUCAGCAAUCCUGCGGAUGUUAUCAAGUCGCGCAUGAUGAACCAGCCCACGGAUGAAAAGGGCAAAGGACUUUACUACAAAAACUCGCUUGACUGUGUGGUGAAAUUAUUAAGAGAGGAGGGCUUCUUCAAUCUCUACAAAGGGCUAAUUCCCUGCUGGCUAAGGUUGGGGCCCUGGUCGGUCCUCUUUUGGCUAUCCGUGGAGCAGUUGCGCGUCUUAGAAGGACAAACUGGUUUCUAAUACUCAACAAAUCAUCUUGUUAUCCAAAAUUCAGAGUUCAAGUAUCCUCAAAUUGUGAAGUGAUCGUUUUUAACAUGUCAUAUUUUCUAUGUGCCAAUUUCUAUUUUAAGAUCUCGCAAUUGUUCCAAUUUGACACGCCUGCACAUAUAUAUAUAUAUAUAUAUUUAUAUA